UUUCAUUCAAGAACCAAGUCAUGUAAUGUUCCCUUUGGACUCAGAGGAGAAAAAAGUGAAGCUCAGUUGUGAAGUUAAAGGGAAUCCAAAACCUCAUAUCAGGUGGAAGUUAAAUGGAACAGAUGUUGAUGUUGGUAUGGAUUUCCGCUACAGUGUUGUUGAAGGCAGCUUGUUGAUCAAUAACCCCAAUAAAACCCAAGACGCUGGAAGGUACCAGUGCAGAGCAACAAACUCGUUUGGAACAAUUGUUAGCAGAGAAGCAAAGCUUCAGUUUGCUUAUCUUGAAAACUUUAAAACAAGAACGAGAAGCACCGUGUCUGUCCGCCAAGGUCAGGGGAUGGUACUGCUGUGCGGCCCACCAGCCCAUUCUGGAGAGCUGAGCUAUGCCUGGAUUUUCAAUGAAUACCCUUCCUAUCAGGAUAAUCGCCGCUUCGUUUCUCAAGAGACUGGGAAUCUGUAUAUUGCCAAAGUAGAAAAAUCAGAUGUUGGAAAUUAUACCUGUGUGGUUACAAAUACAGUGACAAACCAAAAGGUCCUGGGGCCACCCACACCGCUAAUAUUGAGAAAUGAUGGGGUGAUGGGUGAAUAUGAGCCAAAAAUAGAAGUGCAGUUCCCAGAAACGGUCCCGACUGCAAAAGGAACAACAGUGAAGCUGGAAUGCUUUGCGUUAGGAAAUCCAGUACCAACUAUUAUCUGGAGAAGAGCUGAUGGAAAGCCGAUAGCAAGGAAAGCCAGAAGACACAAGUCAAAUGGAAUUCUUGAAAUCCCCAAUUUUCAGCAGGAGGAUGCUGGUUGGUACGAAUGUGUGGCUGAAAAUUCAAGAGGGAAAAACAUAGCAAGGGGACAGCUGACUUUCUUUGCUCAACCUAAUUGGAUUCAAAAAAUAAAUGACAUUCAUGUGGCCAUUGAAGAAAAUGUCUUCUGGGAAUGUAGAGCCAAUGGAAGGCCCAAACCUACAUACAGGUGGCUGAAAAAUGGUGAACCACUGUUAACUCGGGCUAGAAUUCAUAUCGAGCAAGGAACACUCAACAUAACAAUAGUGAACCUCUCAGAUGCUGGCAUGUAUCAGUGUGUGGCAGAAAAUAAACAUGGAGUUAUCUUUUCCAGCGCAGAGCUUAGUGUUAUAGCUGUGGGCCCGGAUUUUUCAAGAACCCUCUUAAAAAGAGUAACUCUUGUCAAAGUGGGAGGUGAAGUUGUCAUUGAGUGUAAGCCGAAAGCUUCUCCGAAACCUGUCUACACCUGGAAGAAAGGAAGGGACAUAUUAAGAGAAAAUGAAAGAAUUACCAUUUCUGAAGAUGGAAGCCUCAGAAUCGUCAAUGUGACUAAAUCAGAUGCUGGAAGUUAUACCUGCAUAGCCACUAACCAUUUUGGAACUGCUAGCAGUACUGGAAACCUGGUAGUAAAAGAUCCAACAAGGGUAAUGGUACCCCCUUCCAGUAUGGAUGUCACUGUUGGAGAAAGUAUCGUUCUGCCGUGCCAGGUAACCCACGAUCACUCGCUAAACAUCGUGUUUACUUGGUCAUUUAAUGGACACCUGAUAGACUUUGACAAAGACGGGGACCACUUUGAAAGAGUCGGAGGGCAGGAUUCAGCUGGUGAUUUGAUGAUCCGAAACAUCCAGCUGAAGCAUGCUGGGAAAUACGUCUGCAUGGUCCAGACAAGUGUAGACAAGCUGUCUGCCGCUGCUGACCUGAUUGUGAGAGGUCCUCCAGGCCCCCCAGAGGCUGUGACCAUAGAUGAAAUUACAGACACCACCGCUCAGCUCUCCUGGAGACCCGGGCCUGACAACCACAGCCCCAUCACCAUGUAUGUCAUUCAAGCCAGGACUCCGUUCUCCGUGGGCUGGCAAGCAGUUAAUACAGUCCCAGAACUCAUUGAUGGGAAGACAUUCACAGCAACUGUGGUGGGUCUGAACCCUUGGGUCGAAUAUGAAUUCCGCACAGUUGCAGCCAACGUGAUUGGGAUUGGGGAGCCCAGUCAGCCCUCUGAGAAGCGGAGGACAGAAGAGGCCCUCCCCGAAGUCACCCCAGCUAACGUCAGUGGAGGCGGAGGCAGCAAAUCUGAACUGGUUAUAACCUGGGAGACGGUCCCUGAGGAAUUACAGAACGGCAGAGGCUUUGGCUACGUGGUGGCCUUCCGGCCUUAUGGCAAAAUGAUCUGGAUGCUGACCGUGCUGGCUUCCGCGGACGCCUCCAGAUACGUGUUCAGGAAUGAGAGCGUGCAUCCCUUCUCUCCCUUCGAGGUUAAAGUGGGCGUCUUCAACAAUAAAGGAGAAGGCCCUUUCAGUCCCACCACGGUGGUAUAUUCUGCAGAAGAAGAACCCACCAAAGCACCAGCCAACAUCUUUGCCAGAAGUCUUUCUGCAACAGACGUUGAAGUCUUCUGGGCCUCCCCCAUGGAAAAGAAUAGAGGUCGGAUACAAGGGUAUGAGGUAAAAUAUUGGAGACAUGAUGACAAAGAAGAAAAUGCUCGAAAAAUACGAACAAUAGGAAAUCAGACAUCAACAAAAAUCACCAACUUAAAAGGCAGCGCUCUGUAUCAUUUAGCUGUCAAGGCAUAUAAUUCUGCAGGGACAGGCCCCUCCAGUGCGACGGUCAACGUGACAACCAGAAAGCCACCGCCGAGUCAACCCCCCGGAAACAUCAUAUGGAAUUCAUCAGACUCCAAAAUUAUCCUGAAUUGGGAUCAAGUGAAGGCCCUGGAUAAUGAGUCGGAAGUAAAAGGAUACAAAGUCUUGUACAGAUGGAGCAGACAAAGCAGCACAUCUGUCAUUGAAACAAAUAAAACAUCAGUGGAGCUUUCUUUGCCUUUUGAUGAAGAUUAUAUAAUAGAAAUUAAGCCAUUCAGUGAUGGAGGAGAUGGCAGCAGCAGUGAACAGAUUCGAAUUCCAAAGAUAUCAAAUGCCUAUGCAAGAGGAGCCGGGCCGUCCACUUCCAACGCAUGCACGCUGUCGGCCAUCAGUACGAUCAUGAUCUCUCUCACAGCCAGGUCCAGUUUAUGACAACAGUUCUCUAAAAGAC